GCGUAUUGCUGUCGACAUAAUCUGUUUCGAUGGAUGUUAUUGUACACACUCUUCAUGUGCCAAGAAAACGAAUGUAAAAGGUGUGUUUUAUACCUUGUACUGCAUUAAAAACAGUCGUACGGUCGAAAUAGAGAUACCGCUAGAUAAACCGAAACAUGUUAACAAUUUGACGUCACACAUACCAGCUUGUUUUAUUUUUGUAGCCUUGCUACAUGCUAGCCACGCUAUUCGUACUAGCUAAGUUAAGUUAACUUGCUUUUCUUGGUACAGUACGACAUAUAAUUGAAAUAUGCUACUGCAGAGCUCAGCUGUACUUUCUUGCGUUUGCAAAUAUUAACCUGAAGACUUCACAAAAGGGACUUUUGGUAUGAUUUUCUUUCUUCGGUAGCGAGAAAAAUGAUGGAAUCUUGUUUAAAUGGUAAACCCGAAAGGGCGACUGCUAUAACUGUUGAAGAUCUGAAGAAAGACUUGUCGGCCGACUUCUCCAAUAUUUCAACAUUAUCUCAGGAGUCAUUAUCAGACAAAGAACAUUUGCAGGUGUACCUCCGCGUAAGACCUUUCAGCAAAGCUGAGCAAGAAGCUGGUGAAUCUCAGCAAUGUGUAGAAGUUGAGGAUCCAGAUAAAGUAGUGCUAAAGGCACCCAGAACAUCUCUGUCGGCCCGACUCAGCGAGAAGCCGGCGCAGAACGCUCAGAGGUUCCGUUUCUCUCAGGUGUACGGGCCAGAAACCACCCAGCGACAGAUGUUUGAUGGGACAGCUAAAGGGCUGGUCAAGGAUGUCCUAGACGGAGAAAAUUCCCUCAUCUUCACAUAUGGAGUGACCAAUGCUGGGAAGACGUUUACGUUUCUGGGACCUGAAUCGAAUUGUGGAAUAGUGCCGCGGUCCCUGAGGGUGAUCUUCAACAGCAUCGAGGGCCGCAUCUACACACAGAACAACAUAAAGCCCCACCGGUUUAUGGACUUCACCAGACUCACCAAAGACCAGCAGGAGGAGGAGGCCACCAACAAGAAAAACCUACUGAGACGCUUGAAAGAGACUGAUGCUCAGAAAAACCUCACAUGCAAAACCUUAUUGGAAGGCUCAACCUCAAGUGAUAUUGACCUGCAGGGAGAGGACGAAAGUGUCAGUUUAGGGGGCGACUCGAACAUAACGUUCUCAGUGUGGGUGUCCUUCUGCGAGAUCUACAAUGAGACCAUUCAUGACUUGUUGGAGGUGCUGCCAAAUGGUCCGCUGAGGAGAACAGCUCUCCGCCUCUCGCAAGAUAUAAAGGGCAACACUUUUGUCAAAGAUCUUAAAUGGAUUCAAGUCACCAGUGCGGAGGAGGCCUACAGAGUAUUAAAAAUUGGACGGAAGAACCAGAGCUUCUCUUCCACAAAGCUCAACAACGUCUCCAGCCGAAGCCAUAGCAUAUUCUCCAUCCGCAUACUGAGAGUUGAAGAUAUUGGUGUUCCCCGAGUCCUGACCAUAAGCGAAUUGUCCUUGUGUGACCUGGCUGGGUCAGAGAGGUGUGCAAAAACUCAGAACAAAGGCGAGCGGCUUAAAGAGGCGGGGAACAUCAACACCUCUCUGCUGACCCUGGGGAAAUGCAUCACCGCACUCAGGCUCAACCAGACACAGCCAAAAUACCAGACACACAUUCCCUUCCGUGAGAGUAAGCUCACACACUACCUGCAAGGCUUCUUCUGCGGGAGGGGCAAAGCCUGCAUGAUCGUCAACAUCAACCAGUGCGCCUCCAUGUACGACGAGACGCUCAACGUCCUCAAGUUCUCUGCUGUUGCACAGAAGGUCGUGGUCCUCGCCGCACGGCCUGUAGUGCCAAAACCAGAGAAGUCCGGCAGAGAUGUGUCGUUCAUCAUCAACGAAGCCGACCGGCGCCACCUAUUCGCCAAGCGGAGGAGCACACUCAUGGCCUGGGAGACCACGCUGGAGGACGUGCAGGAGGACGAGGGCGAUGAGGAGGAUAUGGAGGAGGAAGAGGAAGAGGAGGAGGAAGAAGAAGAAGAUGAUAGUUGUGAUGAGACGGUGGACGAGGGCACUGUGCUCGAGGCUGAAGAUGAGGAUGUGCGUGAGUCUCAGCGUGUGGAGAUUCAGGAGCUGAAGGGGAAGCUUUCCCAGAAGCAGUCGGAGAACUUGGACCAGGAGUGUCGCAUCCGUGAGGAAGUGACCUCAGAGUUCAUGGAGCUCUUCUCCAAAAUGGAGAGUGAUUACAACGAGCGUCUUCAGAAGGAGAAGGAGAUCAUCGAGGAGCGAGCAGAGAGGCGGCUGGAGAUCUUGAAGGACUUGGUCAAGAGGAACGCCAGUGAGUUCACAGCAGCAUCCAGAGAGGAGGCAACAGAGGAGGAGAAGAUGGAGUUCAUGGACAGUAUGAUCGAGGCCAUGCGUAGCGACCUGGUCAAGAUCAAACGCGACGCGGAGGAGGCGCAAUCCUGCUUGGUGGGGAGCGCGGAGUCGCCCGCGGCCGCCGCCGGGCUACGCAGGCAGGUGGACGAGCUGGCCGAGGAGCUCCUCAACAGCCAGCAGCUCCUGGGCCUCAAGACCAGCGAGCUGGAGAGCAUGCAGGCUCAGGCAGAGCACUCCAAUCAGAAGCUGCAGGAGGUUCAGGAGAGGUAUGAGUGUCAGACGUUGAAAGUUCAGGAGCUCAUGGGGAUGUGUCUUGAGAAAGAUGGCAUGAUCACCAAACUGCAGGAGGCUCUGGACCACAGCAUAGGGGCCACCACCAAAGAUAGGUCUUUGAUUGACCAGAUCAGAGAGGAGAUCUUACACCUAAAGCAGAAUUGUAAGUGUGGUGCCACUGAUGGUGGUGGUGAUGAUCCCUCUGGCCAGAACAAAGACACCCGACGGGGUUCAGCAGACAUCGCAGAGGGGGCUGACAGUCAGGCUCCAGAUGAUAACGAAAAUCUGUGCGCUGAAGUGGAGCGACUGCUGGCGGAGACGAAAGCCAAAGAUGAGCGUCUGGACGAGUUUGGGCAGAAGCUGUUCUCUCUUGAGCAAAGCGUGCAGGAGCUGAACGCCGCGUUGGCCGACGAGUCGCAGCUCCACGAGGCCACCCUGGCCUCGCUGGAGAAGGAGAGGCAGGAGAUGGCGACGCUGGAGGCCGAGAGGAACGCCCUGGCUGAGGAGCGCGACCAGCUGCAGAGGGCGACCGCCGAGCUGACCUCGAAGGUCAUCGCAGUUGAGACAGAGGCGAGGGGUCGCGCCGAGGGGACGGCGGCAGAGGUGGGGCGGCUCGGCGAGGAGCUGCAAGCAGCCCAGGCGCUGGCGAAGGAGCACGAGGAGGAGGCGCUGGACAAGUCCAAGGUGGCCGCCACGUUGGAGCAGGAGGUCGAGAUGCUCAAGGAGAAAGCCAAGCUGGAGACCAGCCGAGCCCCGAGCGGUGGUCAGACGUUCAGCGAAGCCUUGCAGGGCCUGCAGCAGGAGUGUCAGAGCCUCGCCAGGACGUCGCUGGCAAAGAACGAGCGAAUCAAGGAGCUGGAACGGGAGCUGGACAAAGCACACUCCCAGGUCCAACAGCUGGAUGACGUCUGCGGGGAGUUGGAAAAGCUCUGUGACCACCAGCAGAACGAAGCCCGGAACCACCAGGCCCAGCUGGACGCCGAGCGACUGGCCCUCGACGACGCGAAGAGGCAGCACAACGAGCUCCAGAAGGAUGCCCAGGGGCUAAGGGAGCAGCUGGCCUGCAGGGAGGAGCAGCUCCAAGCUGCCAGGGCGGCCGAGGAGAGAGUGGCCGAGAUGGAGAGGCAGCUGCAAGAGACCGAUGCCCAGAGGCACGGCCUGGAGGUGAAACUGAAUGAGGCGCAGAGCCAGCAGAAGCAAGAGGCCACUGCGGAGCAGCAGGGCGCUCUCAUCCAGCAGAGAGCCGACAUAGAGGCAGUAACUAGAGAACUCUCAGACCGCAAGGAACAGGUAAAGGAGAACUUGGAAAUGAUCAAAAACCUAAGCCGAGAUCUGAAGCUGAAGGACCGAGACAUCUCGUGGCUGAAAGAGCGACUGCGAGAGCGUGAAUCAGAGAUCGAGCAACUGCUAUACAAAAUAAGUCGGAUGAAUGACGAGAACAGCACCUUGCAACGACGACUAAGUGACACAGAGAGAGUCAAGAAUGAGACCCUGAUUGACCUGCGGUUGAAAGAUCAGACGAUUCUCGAGCUUAAGACUGAACAGCCCAGCGGCGUCCAACUGGAAGAAAGUCCCCAGCACUCUCUGAAAGUCGAUCGAGAUCUCCUGACUAAGCAGCAGUUCAUCCAGGACUGGCGGUUGACGUUGAGUGAACAGAGAAUCCCAGCUGAGCAGGUGCUGGAAGCCAAGCUGAAGGAGAUUGAGUCUUUAACAGCAGAGCUGAUGAACCUGAAGGAGAGGUGUCAGCAGGAAGGCCUCUCGCCGAGCCCUCGUGUCGAGACUGGAGAGCUCUCAGACAAGAGACCAGACGAGACCAGCCGAGCUGAAAGGGAGGCCAGCAUGAGGUGCGCCCCUGCAACCCCCGUUUCCCUGAGCAACGACGUGCAACAGAGGUCUGAGGAGGAGGAGGAGGUCACAGCAGAAACCCCUUUCAAACCAGAGGGCGCGGAGCAGGGUAGCACAGAGCUACACAGCAGACUCGCCGGGCCUCAGGGAGAUACUACUUCCCUGACACAAGAGGUCUCGACUCUAGACUCGCCCGAGGGGACUUGGUGUAGUGCCCUGCUCCUGCGAUUCCCCAACCAGUCGGACCUGGACAUCAGUUUCACCCCGCCGUCGGACCGCAUCAACAAAUGGGUCCAGUGGGACAGCGAGGAGCGGCCCCGGCCUUCACCCAAACAGACCCGCCUGCGACGCACGUCCCGCAAGAGGAAGAAAACAGAGGGGCAAGUGCAGUCUGAGAAUAGAAGUGAAGACAAAACCAAAAAGGCAACUCCCCUGAAGAGACUGUCCCAGAUGAAUCAUCAGGAGUCUCCCACUGUGCUGGGCAAGGCGGCCAGUCAAAUAACGCAACAGGGAUCUCCAGCCAGCCUGAAGAACAAAACCUCUCAGGGCGGAGGCUUUCAGACCGGCGGCCACUUCACUCAGCCCUCUCCAGUCAUCUUACGGAGCAAAGCAGCUACCACAAUCGGAAAAAACCUGCCCAGCAAGUCACCGGAGCCACCGAGCUCCCAGAUUGCUAGGCCCCGCAGGACCAAGCGCAAGCUGUACAAGGCUGACCUCUUCGCUCCCGUGGACAUCGGCAGUCCCAGUCCCCCGGUCCCUGACCAAGACGACAAAGAGAGCGAUCACUUGAUUAUUAAGCGGAAACUCAGGAGCAGAACGGCGAAGGUCUGAGACGGAUUUCAGGCUUCAGAUUUCAGGCUUUUAGCGGUGUACAGUACAGACCUUUGUGUUUAUGUAAAAAAAUACCCCAAAUUAAACGUUUUUACCAAUUGUUUUCAAGAAACAAA